CCAGCAGCCGGCCCGCUCGGCGGCCGCUUCCCAGCGCCGCCGGCCAGCCUCACACUGACCUUUGGCACCUUCGCGCGAUGACCACGCUGUUCAGCACGGACAUCGGGAGCACCGCGGGGGCGUUGGAGAUAUUCGGGAGGGAGAAAGGACUGUUGAUUGUGCGGCCAGGCCGCUCAUGCCUUCUCCCAUGGUUCGAGGUGGACUCCGCGCACCGCCCACUUUGCACGGCCCGCAACAGCCCUGCAGUGCCGCACUGAUGAAUUCUGUGCUGGUUCCGCUCGAGCACAUAGCUUUCAAGCAGCGCUGUCCACUCGAGCAGACCGACAACCCGCGUUGCCGCCCGCGUUUUGUCCUCAGGUGCCAGAGGGCUGCUAUGCGCUCGUCUCGAGCUUUGGCCGCAUCAUGAACCACUCCUCGGGCGAAAUCGUGUGGCCUCCGGGCCGCCACUGCGGGAUGCCGUGGAUGAAAUGCGACAGCCUGGUGAGCAAGGAGCACGUCGUCUUCAACAUGCCCGUGAAGGGCUGCAAGACACAGGAUAACGUGACCGUACAGAUCAACCUCGCCGUCGUAUUCCGGUGUGUGUCCAUGCUCGCCCGCCCCGCUCUGACUCGAAAGACCGACUGCCGCUGACACCCGUUGGCUCGGGGGCGCACACACUCCGGUGUCUGUGCAUCCUCUUACCCGCAUGCCCGUGGCCGCAGCGUUAUGGGCGACACCGACAAGGGAGAGGACUCAAACCACGUCUACGGUGAUUUUCCCGCCUAAGCCUCGCUGUACACCUACUUCCCACCUGUCCACCACCAUCUUCCCACCUUUCGUGUCCAGACUUUGUGUACAAGAUCACUGCGCGCGGGCUGCAACAGCAACUGACGGACGCCUGCGAGGAGGCGACCCGCUCCAUCGCGCGAUCUCUGCUUCACACCGAGGUGUGUGGCCGCCGCGCUCCAGCCACUCCCCCCCCCCCCUCCCUCCCCCCUCUCGCUCUUUUCCUCCCCCCCCCCCUCUACCGGGCAUCGCUGGCGCUCCUGCCCGUGAUUGCCAUCGCACAUCAGUCUGCUGUCUGGAGUGAUCUGUCGGCGGUCAGUACGACCGAUCAGGUUGGAAGUUUCUUAUGGUUAGAGGGUCU